AGUGUUUGCUCUUUUCUCUGCUUUGGGGGUUGGGGAAGAUGAGCUUCUCACGGAACCUCUCUCUAGCCUCUUGACAGUUUCCACCUCUGUGGCCCUCACGCUUUCAGCAGAAGACAAAAAUGGUGGCUUCUCCCUGAGCCACCUUAAGGGGAGCACGACACCCAGAUGAACUCUUCCCUUCUACAAUGGGCAUGGUAGCCACAUCCAGACAGCAACUUGGAAAAGCCAGGAAAAGUGGCAGACAUGCUAGCUAGCUGAUUAUGAUGAAGAGAAGGCUUACAAGGAGAAGCUGACGCCAAAGAGGUUCCUGUGACAAUGGAUGUCAUCACCCCAACCCUUUCAGAAAUCAGAGGAAGUACCUGGGAGCCCAGCUCUCUACCAGCAACUCUAGGCAGGUUGGACAGCUCCCAUUCCAAAUGGGCUCCAACUCCUGAAAGAAGCACUUCUCCAACCUCCCCACCCUCCCACAGCUGGGUCCUGGCACUCGGUUUUCCUCAUAGAUAUAAAGACGAGAGCAGCAGCAUCUUUUCGGGGUUUGCGGGACUCCUCGCCGUCCUCCUGGUCAUCGCGGUUCUCUGUGUCCUGUGGAACUGGAAUAAAUGGAAAAAGCGGCGAGGUCCUUACCUGCGAGUUACUGUCAUGCCCUUACGGACUCUGCCUCGACCCAGGCAACGAGCCAAAAAUAUUUACAACUUCUUGCCCCGGAGGCAAGAAGAACUGGGGAGACACCAGUCAAGGUGUACACGCAUUUUCAGUACUGAGAGCCUCCUCUCCAGAAACUCUGACAGCCCUCCCUCAGCGUAUAUGCCCUCCCCAGCAAGCAAUGCCCUCCAGGUGCACAGGACCCAUACUCACGCUGUGGGUUAUGCUGUGGGCAUUUAUGACAAUGCCAUGCGGCCCCAGAUGUGUGGGAACCUCACUCUCUCAGCACACCAUGUCAAUGUCGGAGCAUCUGGAGACUGCACGAGCAUUUCUUCACAGGAUUCAAGAGAUUAUGUCAAUGUCCCCACAGCAGAAGAAUUUGCUGAGACUCUAGCUUCUAACAACACCCUUCCCAAGAACCUCUUUGUCCUCUCAAGUGCCCAGGAGAUGAAGUUUACUGAGGAAGGAGACAAAGGGUGUGGAAAUGCCAGUGACUGCACCAGUUUUUGGUCUCCAGGAACUGAGAGCAAUGAUCCACUCACUGAUGAAGAAGGUUCUUCUCAGACCUCAAAUGACUAUGUCAAUAUGGAUGGGUUGGAUCUCAGGGCCAUCCAGGAGAAGCAUCCCUGGGUGUCUGUUCAGUGCUGCAGAGAGUAUGAAAAUGUCCCACCAACAUAUCUCAAUGGAAGCCAGCAGCAGGCAGAAAAAGUGACACCCUCAAACAUAGACCAUGUAGAGAGCAGAACAGAUGGUCUAGAGACCCAUGUCCAACUUGUCAUGCAAUCAGGGAGGUCCCUGGAUUUAGGGGAUUAUGUGAUUUAUGAGCCAUCUUCUCAGAGUGAGAACAGUCAGAUGAAACACGAAGAAGAGAUGUCAAAUAAGGACUCUAAUGACUACGAGAAUAUGCUAGCUACCAACUUAGGAGGCAGGGGCUCUGAGCAGGGGCCAGACACACAGCUCCUUCCUGAUGAAUUAAGACCCAGCCACCCAGCUGGAACUCUACAUGGAGUGAUCUAUCCUGCCAGAUCCAAAGCCACUACAGGUCUUCUAGUGAAGACCCAUGGCUAUCCUCGUAUUUCAGCGGAUUCACUCGGGUAGGCUAAAAAGAGGCUGAGAUGAGUAGGGUGCUAAGGGGCUCACAAAGCAGAGGUUUGGGAAAGCCAGAAAGAAAUUCUUCUCAAGUAGGAUGCCAUUAUCUCUCAAACCAACCUAAGAACGUUUGCUAAAACGUUUGCUAAAAUAGGGGAGUACUUUAGUGCACAGUGGAAAUAUAGUCUAAAACCAUUACCUUCACUAAAUACCAGCAGGCUGAAAAGGAAAACUACAGAUUAUUUUGUAAUCUGGGCAGAGGCCAAAAAGAAAGGAAAAGUGGGAGUGGGGGUGGGGAACAGUUUCCACUUCAAAGUGAAGGUGGACAGUCAAAUGCUGGACAAGAUGUGGAAUAGUAAGAAAUCUCACUCCUUGCUGAUGGGAUUGCAAAGCAUAGCAUCCACUUUGGAAAACUGUUUGGCAAUUUCUUAUAAACAUACACUUAUAUGACCCAGCCAUUCCCCUAUUAGGUAUUGACCCAAAUGACCUGAAACGUUGUGUUCACACAAAAAACCAUACAUGACUGCUUAUAGUAGCUUUAUUCUCAUUUGCCUGUAACUAGAAAUAACCCAGAUUUCCUUCAACAAGUGAAAGGAUAAACUGCAGUGUAUUCAUACAAUGAAUAUCCAUACUCAACAGUAAAAAAAGGAAUGGACUAUUGAUUCACGCAACAUAGACAAAUCUUAAAUGCAUUUUUCUAAAUAAAAGAAGCUAGGCCUAAAAAUCUACAUAUUGUAUUACUCCAUUUAUAUGACAUUUUAGAAAAGGUGAAACUAUAGGGAUAGAAAACAGAUUAGUGAUUGGGAGGUUUGAGGGAAGGGGAGGAGUUUACUACAAAGGAAUUUUUAAGGUAUUGGAGGUGUUCUGUAUGGUACUGUGGUGGGUGGCUACAUGAAUCCAUGCAUCUAUGAAAUUGCAAAAAGAACUGUAUAGCAUACAGACUGACUUUUAUUGCAUGCAAAUUAAAAAAAAAUUAACCAGGCUGUCAGGGGACUCCAUGAUGGAAUAUAAAUGGAAUGAAUCUAACUGUAUUACAAAUAUAUGACAUAACAUCACUGAAGGGGGGGGGGGAGGAGUUGGCCUAAUUAACUUUGGGAAACAAUGUUUUCACUUGAAACUGGAAGAUAAAGACACAAAGAAUUCUACCUAAACACUGUUCUCUAGAUGGUAAAUUUGAGUUUCACAGGCAUAUAGGUUAGCAAUCCUGAAACUACUUUAAAUGUAUACUAAGGUUGAACAAGUAAGUAAACAUGUUAUAAAUAAGGAGAGGCAGGUUUCUUACUAUCUGAGAAAGAAGUAACAAAAAAACAAGUAAGAAAGGCUCCAAUGAACUCUGUGGCACUGGAUUAAAGCUGGGGGUACAGUUUAAACUCAUAUUUAUUUUAAUAUAUAUGAAUAGGUACAGAAAUAAAUAUAGACACAAGUUAGUAUAAUACAUUUCUUAGCUUUGUCCACUACGGAGCCCAGAAGCAACGGCACCCCAGUAGCGAUGAACACACUUAGCCUCAGAUCUUAGUUUCUAAAUAUUGUUCUCCGAUAAAAGGAAACAGAGCUCCUUGGAGAAAUUACUAUUUCUAGGGCUUGGCUAGAGAAAAUACAGGAUGAGCUUGAUUGUCUUGUAGAAAAGGGA